AUGUCCGACAACCAAGAAUAUAUACGUGGAUCAGCCACUGGAAAGCGGAUCAUCAACGAGGAGGAGGAGGAUGAUAGCGUUUAUACAGGCCCAAGUGUCGUUUCAUCAGUGAAGACGAACCAAACAAAGAUCUCAUUCAGCAUGGGACGCCUGAAGGGAACAAUAUUUCGUCUCAUGAGCAGUCUUGAGGGAGCUAAGUCUUUGAAGGAACAAGCAAUGGCGACGGGAACACAAUCACAGUGGUCAAGUUCCCCUGUGGGAACCUAUAGCGCUCCAACAUUGGGUGCCAGCGGCUUAUCUGGCACCUCGAAUGAUGCUUCGUUCGCUGCCAACGAUGCCCCACAAUCUGUCUUUGAGAAAAUGGACAUACUGCUGCAGGAGAUGACAAACAAGCUUGUGCCACUGGACAAAAUUCCCGAACAGCUGCACGUUUUGUACCGAGCGGUGCAGGAUGAGGUGACGCGGGUGUGGCAAACUGGUUGGAAGUUAGGACUGGGCUCGAAAGGACACGGGGCCAAGCUGCUGUUCGCAUCUACAGCAAGAUCUACCACAGGGCUUUUGCCUACGAGGGGGAGCGACUGGAGAUGGGAAAAGCGGCAUUGGUCGACAAUAGUGAUCUUUUCAAAGCCCACUCGAUCCUCAUCGAUGUCGUCAAAUGUACCAGCAAAAGGAUAUCCAGGCUUCGCAACAAUUUACAACAGGGCAAAGUCCGUCCGCACGAAUGCACUUGCUCUGAGUUGCCAGGCCCUCCAAGGCAUGCACAACUUCUGA